UUGAUUCAUCUAUGUCUAUACAUUGGACGUAUUUACGUUUGCUAUAUUCAUAUUCGCUUCUCAUACGUGUCAAGUAUCAAGGUCACCUGAAUAUCAUGCAGACUGUUUUCGAAAACUUCUCAAUGUUCGCAUAGCCCUUGCCGUGGACGGAUUCGGUACGGCGACGGCAACGCGAUCGAAAUCACAAAACCAUGAAACUCCUCUUUCUAUUCCUAGCGAGCUAUGUCUUUCUACAGUCACUUUUCGUGCACGCAACAGAUCUGAAUGAAUAUUUAAAUGAAAAAUUACGACAAUCUAAGAUAGAAUUCAUCAAAAUUCACAUCCAAAAGAUAUCGUCAGUGCAAGAAAAAUCAUAUAGAGUACAUUGGGACCAAUCAUGGCAGAUACUUCUAUUGACCAAUCAUCAACCUUUUAUGAUAAAUAUAUUCCAUGAAACAUAUAUUCUUGAUAGCAAUCGCUUGAUGAUACCUUUUUUUAAUGCAACUUGGAACAAAACCUACGGCGCGUUACGUGAAACUUAUGUAAUCAAAAAGGAAUCUAAUGUUAAGUUCGUCAAGAGCAUUGUAUGGAAAAACACUACCUAUCUUUUAUUAUGUUACGAAGAUGGUUUGUGCAAUCUCCACACGAUCAACUCAAAUAUAUUGCGAUUUCGCCAUACUAUAGGAUACAAAGGAAUCCCCGUAGACGCUAAAUUUUUCACGCAGGCCGAUCAACUCUACCUGAUUAUCGCCAACAAUGCCGAGAAAUUUCCUGUACCGUCUGUGAUCUAUCGGUGGAGCGGUACGUACAUGGAUGUCGUCACCGACGUGAUGACGAUCGGCGCGGUAUCGGUUACCGCAUUUGAGUAUCGGCAAUCGACAAUCAUCGUGUUCGUUCAAAGCAAUGCUGAGAAUCCACGGAUCGGUUCCGAGGUAUAUGAAUUCAAGGAUAGCAAUGUUGCGAGGAUACAAUUCUUGUCAACCGCACGUCCAACUUCGGUGCAUCACUACAUCCAUGGCGACUUCAACUUUGCCCUGAUUAUAAAUGAAUUAGGACCGAGCGAUGUCUUCUGCUGGGAUGGAAGAGAAUUACUGGAUUGGUUUAGUCUUCCCGAUAUCGAACCGCAUAGCCUGAUAAGCUUCUUUCACAUGGACGGCGAUACUUUCGUAGUCAUGGCGCAUAAUAAUAUUAUCAAGUUGUACAAAUUUCAUAGUACAUCCGAUUGGAAAAAUGAGGAUAUCAAGCGUUUUAAAGAUAAUCAGAAAAUAGUCGAUAUGACAACAUCAUUAAACGAAUAUACGAUGACUGUAACUUUAAUCAUUCAAGAAGAGAACGAAUACUGGGUGGAACAAUGGGAAGCUGUAAUGACUUCGGUACCAGUUGAUAAUAAAGUGGAAGAUGUCGAUGUAAAACAAUGUUUCUCAGACUUGAUCGAAAAAUUACAAGCGAGAAUGCCGGCUUUAAGAGAAGCUAAGGCUUCAUGGAAGUUUCUCUUACCGUCUGCGAAGAACUUAACGAUCUCGGAACCAAUGAAUUUCGACAGUUUGAUUUUGCAAUCCGGCACGGUGGAUAGCAUAGAGCUUGUGACCGAAGAAGAAAUCUUGCCACCUCAUCAAAUCGCAGAAGUUCUGGAGGAGCUUGAACACGAAGUUUAUGCCAUCGAGGCAAGACAAUCAAAGUGGCGGACUAUGAUAGAUACGGUUCCAGAAAGAUUUAUAGCUAAUGAUGUAUAUGUAGAAGAAUUGGAAAUCGACAAUAUACGUGUAGAUCUUGUGAACGACAUGAAUGUAUCGGAAAUAAUUUUCCCCACUGGAGAACAAUAUUUUACACAACCAUUACACGCGAAAAAUUUAAUUGUAGACAAUUUCGAAAUUGAAUCUCUUUGCGGAAUACCGCCCGAAUAUUGGAUGUUACAAGAUGACAGUGAAGGAGUCGCGUUUACCAUUGCAAAUAGCUCUGUUGAAUAUUCAAAUGAUACCGUUGUACUCUCUUCAGAUUUGACAAUACCAAAAUUGAAAGUCAAAAAUUUGAACGGGAUAAACAUUGAUGAAUUGAUCAACGAUUUGUUCAUCAUGAAUCAGAAUCAGAAAAUUAAUGGUACAAUCACGUAUAAGGAUUCAGUGCAGAUUGUAAAUCUUACGACGCAAUUCAUGAAUGGUUUUUCCUCUGAUGAACUCAUGACAACAACGACAAAUCAGAGCUUUGAUUAUUUUUAUGCAAAAAUAUUACAUAUUGAAGAUUUGUAUGCAGAAACAAUUAAUGGAGUGCCAGUUAAAGAAGCUGCAAGAAAAUCUCGCAAAAAUGUUAUUAAAGGCAAAUUAAAAUUAGCGAAUCUUCGUGUCACCGAGAAUUUAGUGAUCGACGUAAACGCAUCUAUGAUAAAAAUACCUGACCAAUUCCUUCAGAUUUAUGAAAAUGUCACAAUACUGGGUGAUCUACACCUUCAAAAUCUUAAGGUUGAAAAUUCAGCGGCGCUUUUUGUGGAAGACCUCCCGGUCAACAUAAAAGAUAUAUUCGAUAGAUAUUGGACAAAAUCUACCAAUCAAACCAUCACUGAAAAGAUCACUUUGGAAGGCGGUUUUACUAUCGAUAGACUCAAUACAAAAUAUUUGAACGGUUUCGCGGAAAGUGAUUUUCUGUAUACUACGAUGAAGGAGAUACCAAGCGAUUUCACAAAUCUGCGCUUUGAGAAUUUCCACGUCGAUGAUUUCUUCCUUGAAAAUGGUUUCAAUGGCAGCUUCUUUGAAGUCAAACCGGAUGCAAUAACAAUUCGAGAAAAGCUGCAUGUGCAAACACUCCAAGCGAAAGAUAUCAUUACUCUGAGUUUUAAUGGUGUCACUGUGGAAAACAUCAUGAACAAAACUUGCGUGAAUUUCUCAGGAACCGUGGAACUUCCCAUUGCUCGAGCACGUCGCGUGUUCGUCGACAAUCUCGAUGUUCGUUUUCUCAAUCAUCACGAGGUCUUCUUUGGGGAUGGGCUUCGCUUCGACGACGAUCAUCAGUUGUCAACUUUACAAGUACCAGAGAUCCACAUAGAAAACUUGGAAGUGGAAAAGUUGAACGGAUUCGAGAUGAAUCUUCUAUGGCGAUUGGGAAAUCUGACGAGUUCUGAUCUGAACGAUAUUGUCAUCGAUGGCGACUUGACAUUACGGAAUCUGAUGGUCGCUCAAGUGAACGGGCAAUCAACUGAGAGUUUCUUGGAGGAACUGUCGCAGAAUGACAUCGUGAUAAAGUCGGAAAGAGAUAUUGAAUAUUUGGUUGUUCAGAACAUAACAUUGGAAUCUCUUCGUGGAUGGAAAUUCGAUGAUAUGAUCGCCAACGUUCUCUCAAAGUCAAGGGAACAAACGAUAACAGGACACUUCUCGGCUCAUGUUAUCACCUCCGACAACGUCACAAUAGACUUCAUUAAUGGACAAAAUACCUCGCAACUAAUGUGGAUAGACGAGCCUCUGAUGAUUACGAACAAUGUAACGUUCACCGAUCUGUUCGUCGAAGGUGACGUGAUGACUUCAAAGAUGAACGGACGUGGCGUUCGUGAGUUGUACGACAGUUUAUUGUACAUUCCUGCAAAAAAUAUCGAUCUUCUGACAGUAGAUAAAAAUAUUUCCUGGAACACUCCUUUGAAUAGCUUUACUUCUAUUUCCAAUCUGUUAAAUAACGCUGUGACCAAAGAUAAAGAGCAAGUUAUCAUGGGCAACGUGAUCUUUACGAAGGAUGUACGUGCGUGGGCAGUUAACGCUAAUUACAAAGUUGUCGAGGAAAUUAACCAUAUAGUAUCGGACGUCGUGAUUGACGAUGGAGAAGUCAUUGAAAUUAAAGGACAGAAAAUCUUCAAGAAGGAUUUUGUUGUGGAUAGUUUAACGGUGAAUGGCGAUCUGGGCAUUGCCAAUAUCAAUAAUGUGAACAUCCUCAAGUUCAACGAUUCUGUCGUUAGACAGAAUAAUGAAGACACUAUUGUUGGACCAUUGACAUUCCUCACGGAGGUCAAGGUCGAGAAGCUCUAUGUGAACGACACUGAUCUCAACGCGUCCAUCAACGGCGCGGUGCGUUCCAGCGAUGUUAUGCCAGACAAUAUCAUUUUCGAGGAGCUCAAUGUAUUGAAUGAUGUGUAUCUGCAGAAUUUUGACGGGAUAGACUUUGAUAAGUUCGUGAAUGACCGUGUCACGCUUAGUGGAGAUCACAAUAUCUCCUGCGACGUGAGAUUUAAUGGUAUCGUUACAGUAACAGGCAACGCGAAUAUAAGGAAGAUUAAUGGAAUUUUCCCAUCUGAGUUUGUGUUAAAUGACAUUGAUGAAAUGCAGAUAAUAAAUGGAGUAAAAACUUUUACGAACGAUCUGAUAGUCGAUGGAAAUGUUAUUUCACCACGAAUUAAUAAUGUCGAUAUAAUGAAAGAAUAUAAUGACGGCGUACAAAACACCGAUGAAGAUGUUGAUAUCUAUGGAGAUCUCGUUUUCAAGGCUGAUGUACGAAUAAAAAAUAUAAAUAUUUCCGGUUUGGUGAAUGGUGUGAACCUGCAUUUUGCUAGUAGCAAUUAUAAAAAUAUAAAUGAAACUCGCGAGAAUAUGGAGAAACAUUGGAGAGUAAUCGAGCAGAAUAUCGAGUACAUCUCGCAAGUAUCCGAAACCUUGCGCAAUGUGUUUUUCUAUCUAGAGGCGGAGGAAGACUUGGAGAUACCUGGAACCAAUGUCAGCGAAAUCGAUGUAGUACAAUUCGAUAAGAGCACAGUUAGAUUGAACAUGUACAGCGAGCAGUCCGGAAGAUUUUGCGGGCUGCCAGAUGAUUGUUUGUGUAUGUAUCAGUCCGUAAUUGAACUCGUUGAGGUCAACUAUGUGAACAGUACUAUGCGAAAGUGGCAAGUGAAUCCCGGAGAGAUCGUAAAAAACUUUCACGAUCCGGUUGAGAUGUUUGGCUUGAAUGUGAUAACGAAUUCUGUAUCCAGCAGCAAAGAAUGCACUUCGACGGGAACCAGACAAGAAUACACUACGAUUUCCUUGAUGAAAUCUGAAAAUCUUAAAAUGAAUCAUGAAGACGUUUUUAAUAAGAUAGAAGGAUAUUUGAAAGAUGCCGAGAUCUUUAAGCAUGAGGAUGAUGUAUACGUGAUGCUGGCGAUAUAUUAUGAUAAAGUACAUGCAACGCAUCGCACAAAUUCCUUGCUUUAUAGAGUACAUACAGGAAACGCAACGUUAGUUCAGGAAAUUCUUACGGAUGGUGCUUGGUCCAUCAAAAUCUUCCAGAUUAAUCAUUAUGAAGUGUUCCUGCUCAUUGGUUGCUUUGGCGAAUCUUCAGAAUCCUUAUUAUACAGAUUCGACCCAAUAGCACGAAAGUUUGAACAUCUCAGAACAUUCGCAAGCAGAAGUCGUUACGUAAAAAGUUUAUCACAAGGAAAAGAUCAUUUUAUUCUGUUAGACAAUCCUGAUACAAAUGCUGUGAAUAUAUACAAAUAUGAUUAUACGUCUCAAAACUUUCAUAGCUAUCAAAGCAUUUUUCAUACCUAUCAAAUCAACGGAAUUGAAUGCUUCUAUACUGACGAUUUUGGUAACAGCGAUGUGUUUGUGAUCGUUACGACAGACAGCGGGCAAUUUUAUAUUUACGAAUAUAUGUUUGCCGGGAAAUUCCAAAUGAAACUGCAACAUACUGUGGAUGGUUUACGAACAAUGAUGCCAUUCUACUAUAUGGAUCGUCAUUAUAUCUUAGCUGGUACGGACAACAACAAUAUGAUUUUCCGAAUUGUAAAACAGGGGCCACAUUAAUAUGAUAAAUAUUAAAGAUUAGCAAAUGAAUUUUGUAUAUAUGCGCGCAUA